CGCCGAGCGCCGCGACGCCGCGCUCUCGUCUCGCGCCGUAAACAAACAAACAAUCACUUAUCUCGCCGCGAUUAAACGAUACCACUAUCGGACCGUGAUAACUCACUGUGAUAACAGAUAACGACCCGUGUGCUCUACCUUCCUUUUCUGUGUAUUAUGUAAAACAAGGAUUUUGUGAACCAUGGCAGCGACGACGGGCCGCAAGAGCUACUCCAUCCACGACUAUCCUGAACACCUAAACCCCUUCCAUGAGGAAGACAACCACAACAAGAUCCGAUUCUGGACUAUCGGACGGAAACUCAGCAGGACCAAUAGCAUCAGUUUUUCUGGGAUUAAGGACCUAAAAAAUUCAUGGUCACUCCGGUCGUUUAUGAGAAAGGACAAGAAGAAGCAGUCGCAAGACAGCAAGCUCAACCAGCAGGUCAACGGGGACAUCAGUCCCGUGGUCUACCGCCGCGCGCUACAAUACACGUCGACGUCAGGAGCGCGCAGCACCGUCGGGUCCCCGGAGCACGCGGACCGCUACAUCUACGGGGGCUCCAUCACGCCAUUACCGCGCUCGCGCUUCCAGGAGCGACUGCGCAGCCCUAGCAACUAUGAGGUCAACUCACUCAGCACGACCCCCCGCAUGGCCCGCAGCGAGGUGUCAGGAUCGCGGUUGAGCGUGGAGAGCACCAACCCGUUCGACGAGGCCCCGAUACCGCCCGUGCGCGCCUCACGACGCAAGAAGAAACGCGCGCCCAUGCCACCACAAGAAGCGGAUACCUCCGCAAGCAGCAUAAACACCACAUUGAACAUCAGUGAAGUCGAAGAAAAAGCUCCCGCGAAAGAUCCCGAUUUGGAAGAAGAUGUAAACUUAAACGUCGAACUUAAAAUAGUGGAGGACGAGGAGGUGAAAACCAAAGACAAGGAAACAGAGAAACCUCCAGAUGUCGUUCAAGAUACAAUCGUAGAAGCGGCAAAAGAUUCCACGACCGAAGCUGUCCUUGAAGAUAAAACGAUAGACACUUCAAAAGAAACUACAACAGAAACAAUACAAGUCCCAAACAUGAACACGGUCACGACAGCCGUUUUGACUCACCAGGAUUCCGAUGACGUCGUGGUUAGGAGCGCAGAAAAUGGACUACACGAGACUAAACUAAGUAACGCGGAUUCAGAAGGAGAUAUUCUUGAUAAGGUUUCAUUCCCCAAAGUUGACAUUACCAAAUAUAGAAGAAAUUCCAGCGUCAACGAAGAUGAAAUUCGACUCAGGCGAGGUAACUUAGAAGAUUACCACACACUCGCAAAUAAGAGAAGUAAGAGCCUUACCAACACCUCGGACCCAGUUUACGUGGCGUAUGACAUUAAUCUUAACGAAAGCAGGUCUGAUAGAGAUCUGAAUGGCAACGACGAGCCCCAAAAAGUGAUUUGUAAGCUCUACGAUGGAGGGGUGAGAAAACAAAGUGUCGAUAACUCUAUUUCCAGUACUGAGAAGGAAUUUAUUGAAAUCGAUAGAGCUACAAGGGAGCUGGAAAGAGAAAUCAGCAAGUUAAACUCUGCUUUAAUAGAAGAUGAGGACAUACUGGGCGCGCCUCGGCUGUCUGUCACAGAUAUAAAGCGCAGAUUUGACAACAAUAAUUCCUCGCCCCCUAACCCGAUACCAAAGCCAAGAAGGAGCCACUAUGGGGGUAACUCGCCUGACAAUGCCAUCUAAUGUUAAGAGUAGGAUUUAAUGAAAAACGCAGUAGUUACCAGAGGUAAGUUGCUGCCAGUGGCAUUUUAAUUCCCAGUAGGAAUGGUCAAUAGAAACCUGGAGAUUGGAAAUUAAAGAAUGCUAAAUGAAGUUGAAAUAACACUUUGCGUUAAUCAGAGUUUACAGUAAGUACCAUCACGAGUCACGAGAAAACUUACUGAUGCUGGUAGUAAAUACUGACACGACUGGGAAUAAAAUUUAAGUUUAUAAAUACAACUACAUUGGGGAAAGUAGUUAUUUUGUACUUUAUAGACUUGCGCUUGUGAGUUGUCAUAAUUUGUUACAUAAAUUUACUUAAUGUACAUUCAAAUUACACGUUUUAAAUGAUUAGUUUGGAUCUCACAUGUCAAAAUUUGAAAUUCAGUAGUUUGUAUUUGUUAGGAACUUGUGAACUAUAUCAUAAAUAGUGAGAAUGAGAACACUGGCUGAUGGUGGAAGUUUUGCCAUAAAUAACUAUAGUAAUAUAUCAGUGUAGUGUAAGUUUUUCAAUGUGAUAAUUUCAUUUCCUAUAAUAAUGUUAUUUAUAUUGAUUUAAUAUGGUAGGCUGGUAGAAACACUUAUUUUAGAUUAAACCAUAAUAUGUAUAUCAAAAGCAAACUGUUUUUAAUGUUGCUCGUUGUGUAAUAAAUUAUUAUUUUAACAGUGGUGA